UUAGCACUGACUACUGCCGUCCGGCUCUCAACUCUAACACCAGGCCCUAUGGGUCCACCUGGUCCUCCUGGGUCUCCAGGUCCUAGGGGAUUUCCAGGUCCUGAAGGAAGUUCUGAGCCAAAAGGAACUGAUUUUACUUAUAGCCUACUGGAUUCUUAUGUAACUCCACAAAUAAAUGAAGGACCUGGAUUCUGUCGUUGUAAACGAGGACCAGUGGGUCCUACUGGUCCACCUGGAAGAGAAGGACAGAAGGGAUUACAAGGGGAACAAGGUCCAAGAGGUGCUAAAGGGAAGCCUGGAUCAUUUGACUUUGUUCUGCUACUCAUGGCAGAUAUACGACACAGUAUCAGACAUUUACAGGACAAGGUGUUCAAUGGGCAUGGUCCACCACCAUUCGACCUACAGGCACAAUUGCGUCAACACCGAUCCAAAGAUCGUAAACGCCUCGAGCGUCAGCAGCGGCUACUCGAAGGUCACGUGGCACCAUGGUUAGAAAGAACAAGUCCAGCUGAAUUCCGUGACUCAGAACACCUGAAAGAAACCUUACAGGAAUUUGCAGAUUGGGAUAUGCAGGAUGCAUCUGGGGAUCUGGAGUCUGAUGAAUACACAUGACUUCAAUGUCGGAAGUAGAUAAUGCAUUCCAUAAAUUUCUAUGUCUAAUUAGAAUAUACAGUACUUCAGAAUUCAGAAUCUUGCUAUUGCCAAGGAAUGGAUGAAUUAAAGUAUUUACAAUGUUUACUCCAAUUCAAUGAUUGAUUUUUACCUCCCAAAUACUGAUGCAUCUGCACUUUACAGCAUUUUAUAUUUCCAUAAUAUAUUUUUCUUUUAAAACUGUAAAUCUAUUAAACUGAUGCACAUUUCAACUACAAUAUAUGCAAGUAAAAUUGGGUAAUACAGUUUUGUUAAUAAAAUUUUGUGAUUCAUAAACACAGAUCAUUCUGAAGAUUGUGCCAAAUUUCUUAUCUCUAAAUAAAUGGUAAACUUCAUUAUUCCAGUGAUCAGUAUUUCACAGUAACCUAUGACUACAAAUACUGUUACAUAUACAUCAAAAGCAGAAAUGGAAUAGUUUUAGCCUUUUUGUUUGACUCUGUAAUUUCAAUUCUGAUUAGGUUGGUGAAAAUCAUCACCAAAAAUGUUCCUGCCAUUGAGUAUAAAAAAUAAUGGGACUUUAUACAUUUCAAAAUUCAGUACUGAUAUCAAAAGUCAUUCCAUAAUCCAACACACAGCAGAGAUUAUAAGCAUAUACAGGUGGUCAAGUACAAUCCUGGAAAUAUAGUAUACUGAUAAUCUGAAUUUAAAAACAACAAACAACCUGAUAUAUGCUUAAUCUGUUCUUCACAGACCACAAGAAUACUAUAUGCUUACCAUGAAAAUAACUGGUUUUAAAUUCCAAAAUUUCAAAUAUUGUUUAUGCUGGAAUAAUUUUUGGAAAAUAAAGCACAUACAGAUAUUAAAAUAUAUAUCUUGUAAAGAAUAUAUUCCAUAGAAAAUUUCAGUCAACUGCAGUUCAGACUGGAACAGAAAUCGGGAUGGAUGCUUGAGAAGUCAGUGCUCAGACGUUAAAUUGAUUUUUAUUUGUAGUUAUGCAGCACAGACUAUACAAUGUCAGAUGAUAGUAUGAUUCAUGAAUAAAUAAUGAAUUGAAAACACGGAAGGAAGCAGACAUGGCCUAGUUUACAGUACUAUCCAGGUAUUUGCUUAGAGGGACUGAAUAAAACUACAAAAAUCUCAGAUGAAGUAGUCACCAUCUAGCCAAGAUUUGAACCCAGGAUCUCCCAAAAGAUCAGUAUGAUGUAUCUUUCCAUACAUACAACACCAUGGAUAUAAUUGCAUUUGAAGUAGCAGGAAUACAAGAUUAUGUUACUCUCAGAAAAAUUCACAAGGUAAAAAUUACUGAAAAUGUAAUCCAAACUAAAAUAUUUAAAAUGAAAUGGUUUAACAUCAGCCUGCUAAACUAUUCUGAUUUUGUCUUAACUUCUCUCAAUGGUUUUUACUUAGAACUAUUUUGUUUCAUUAGGUAAUGUAACAGUUGGUGGGCUGAAAUUUUAUCUAAAGUGAUUUCUCAGACUAAAAAUAUGUAACAUAAAAUAUUUGACCUAUUUAGUACUAACAAUUUUAUAUGAAUUAUCUUAUGCUUGGUACAUUUUAACACUUCAAUGUUGUCCAAUAUACACACCAUAAAUUGUGUAGCUGUACUUUUAAUUUAUUUAGUCUUUUACUAUUAGUACUGGCAUGUAAGCAGAAGUUUCAAAAGAAAAAUCAUUAUUGUUUCA